CACUCUGAUGUCUGCAGUGGUGGCCCAGUGCCACUACAGCUUUGGUUUGCAGAGGGGCGUGGCCAAUAACCUGUUCUACUUUGAUGAGCAGACUGUCAUCUUCCCAUCCGGGAACAACUGUGUUCGUUAUAACAUUGAUCAGAAAUGGCAGAGGUUCAUCCCAGGUUUGGAGAGGAGUCAGGGAAUGUAUGCCCUGGCUAUCAGCUCAAACCGCCGCUACCUGGCGGUGUCGGAGCGUGGAGAGAGGGCCACCAUUACGGUGUACGACCUGCAGCACGAGCAGAGCCGGAAGAGGAAGGUGCUGAAUGGAGGGGACAUCCAUGUCCAGGAGUUUGUCUCCAUGGCCUUCUCCACCGACUCCAAGUACUUCAUUGGCCAAUCAGGAGCGCCAGACUACACCCUCUUCUACUGGAUGUGGGAGAAGCAGAAGGUCAUGGCCAUGGUGAAGACCACUGUGGCCACUAAUCCAGUCAACCAGGUGAUGUCGGACUGCUCUCUUGUUAUUGGGGCCAGGGAGUCCUUGGGCAAGGAAAUGGUCAGCUUUAACCCAUACGACAACACCCAGAUCUGUGUGAGUGGGAAUGGGGUCUUCAAGCUGUUCCGCUAUGCAGAGGGGGUUCUGAAGCAGUCCGCCUUCCAUAAGCAAGAGACUCAUAACUUCCUAUCCCAUGCCUGGAUGUCUGAGGAGAGGGUGAUUGCAGGGACAGAAGCUGGGAGGCUGAUGGUGUUUGAGUCUGGAGACCUCCGAUGGGACAUGAGUGUGACCACCAAGACCACCAUGCCACAGGACCCAGACAGUGCAGAGGGAAAUGAUGAAGAGACCCCUCAGUUGCCACGGGUUACAGUCAUCACAGCUUACUCGAAGGGCUUUGCCUGCUCGGCCGGUCCUGGGACUGUGUAUCUGUUUGAGAGAACCGACGACAAGGACAACUACAGGAAGACCAGGGAGAUCAGGAUCCCCCCAGACCAGUGCAGUCACGAGCCCAGCCAUGCAGAGCAGCAGCAGAUCGUCUCUCUGGUCAUCAGUCCAUCAGAGGAGACAGUAGUGACCAGCACAGAUCGUGGUCAGCUCUACAGUAUCACCCUGUCCUCUGCAGAGAUGUGCAAGGGGGAGCAGGUCCAGUUUGAGUUCCUGUCCCACUCUUUCCACUCUGGGCCUAUCACCGGCCUGUCCGUCUGCAUCCGCAAGCCCAUCAUCGCCACCUGCUCCCUGGACCAGUCUGUACGCAUUUGGAACGUUGAGACCAACACCCUCGAGCUGUAUAAGGAGUUCCAGGAGGAGGCGUUCAGCAUCGCCCUCCACCCGUUUGGCCUGUUUGUCAUGGUGGGCUUCUCUGACAAGCUGCGACUCAUGAACCUGCUCAUAGACGACGUCAGGACCUUCAAGGAGUUCACCGUGCGAGCCUGUAGAGAGUGUGCCUUCAGUCACGGAGGACACCUGUUUGCUGCGGUCAAUGGAAACAUCAUCCACAUCUACUCCACCACCACGUUCGAGAACGUCGUCAACCUCAAAGGACACAAUGGGAAGGUGCGCUCCAUAGCCUGGAGUGGUGAUGACAGCAGGCUGGUGUCGUGUGGUAUGGAGGGGGCUGUGUACGAGUGGAACACCCUGACCAGCAAGCGGGAGUCGGAGAGCGUCCUCAAGUCCUGCAGCUACACCAGCGUCACCAUCUCCCCUGAUGCCAAGACUAUCUUCGCCGUGGGGAACGACUGUACCCUGAAAGAGAUCCAGGCCUGUCAAAUCCUACGUGAAGUGCCCGCUGAAGAUGUGGCUUAUACCACCAUCGCUAUGUCCCGUUCUGGGCGCACGCUCUUCACUGGGACCUCCAUCGGAACCAUCAGGGCCAUCAAGUACCCCCUGUCCACCCAGAAGGACUGGAUCGAGUACCAGGCCCACUCUUCACCUGUCACCAAGAUGGUGAUCACUUUUGAUGACCAGUACCUACUGACGGUUUCUGAGGACGGCUGUCUGCUCAUCUGGAAGAUCAUAGACAAGGAGGGCCGCGGCCUGAAGAGAGACAAGGAGAUCACCUACGCUGAGGAGAUCCUCAUCACCAAGUCAGACCUGGAGGAGAAGAACCAGGUGAUGUUAGAGCUGAAGACACGUGUGGAGGAGCUGAAGAUGGAGAAUGAGUACCAGCUCCGUCUGAAGGACAUGAACUACAACGAAAAGACCAAGGAGCUGUCAACUACGUUUGUUCGGCAGAUGGAGUCGCUCAAGACCAACAUACAGAUCCUGAAGACAGAGAGAGACAAUAUGGAGGUAGCUAAUCAGGAGACCAUGUCCGAGGUCAUGGAGAAACACUCAAAAGAGCUGCAGGAUAUGGAAUCGGCCAACAGUCAGAAGCUGAUGCUGGAAUAUGAGAAGUACCAGGAGCUGCAGUUCAAGUCUCAGCAGAUGCAGCAGGACUACGAGAAGCAUCUGCAGCAGAUGGACGAGAGCAAGACUGCUGCCCUGGAGGAGCUCACCCUCUACUACGAGGGAAAGAUGCAGGAGAAACUACUGGUGCUGGAGCAGUGCCAGGAGGAGUCUCGUAUCCAGGCGAGGGAGUUUGAGGAGAGCAGGAAGCAGAUGGAGGAGGAUGGGGACAGGGAGAUCCAGGACAUCAGGGUCCGCUACGAGAGGUGGCUGAGGGACGAGAGGGAGACCAACAUGCGCAUGAAGAGUGACACCGGCAUCAUGAAGAAGAAGUUCAGCAGCCUCCAGAAGGAUAUAGACAACAGCAACGUGGAGAUGGAGAGGAUGAAGUUGGAGCAGCAGAAGCUACAGGCCAUCGUCAAGUCCUUGGAAAAGGACAUCCUGGCUCUGAAGAAAGCGAUCCAGGAGAGGGACGAGACCAUCCAAGACAAGGAGAAACGCAUCUAUGAUCUGAAGAAGAAGAACCAGGAGCUGGAGAAGUUUAAAUUUGUCCUGGACUACAAGAUCAAAGAGCUGAAGAAACAAAUAGAGCCCAGAGAGAAUGAUAUCAAGGAGAUGAAGGAGCAGAUCCACGAGAUGGAGGAGGAGCUGGAUACCUUCCACAAGAAGAACACUCAGGGGGAGCUGGACAUCGCUGAGCUGAAGCUCAAACUCACCACCACUGACAAGGAAAUGCACAAGGGCCUGCAGAAGGUGAGAGAUGUGGAGGCCCUGGUACGCAGGUUCAAGACGGACCUCCAUAACUGUGUGGGGUUCAUCCAAGAGCCCAAGAGGCUGAAGGAGAGCAUCAGAGACCUGUACGACCGCUACGCACAGCAGAGUGACGUGCUGGAUAAAGUUAGUGUGGACCCAAACGUCCAGAGGGAGUACGCUAGGCAAAGGGACCACCUGGAGAGGAACGUGGCGUCCCUGAAGAGGAAGCUGGCCCAAGACAGCGUGGUCCACCAUGCUGACAACGUCAAGAUCAUGCAGGAGAACGUGACUCUGAUCAGUGAGGUCAACGACCUGCAGCGGCAGCUGCAUCUGGCGCGCUCCCAGGUCCAUGACUACAAGAGUCUGAUGAGAAAGAAGGACUUGAAGCAGACCAACACACUCAAAGCCCUGCUGUCUCCCAGGGCCAACCCCAGUAACAUGGUGGUCCGUCUGAAUGAGGAGGACGAAGGGGACCGCAUCAUCCAGCUGCAGCGCCUAGAGAUCCAGAGACUGAGAGAAGAGAUACAUGUCCUGAUGAAGAUACACCCCUACAGACCCCCCUCCACCGCCAAGCUACCCUCCCUCCAAACCAACACAUAACCACCACCACCCCCUACAGACCACCCUCCACCGCCAAGCUAUCCUCCCUCCAAACCAACACAUAACCACCACCACCACCCCUACAGACCCCCCUCCACCGCCAAGCUACCCUCCCUACCCCUCCCUCCAAACCAACACAUACCCACCACCACCCUCCCUCCAAACCAACACAUAACCACCACCACCACCCCU